GACUGGUGCUUUCAGGCUGAGUCGUCAUGAGCUUUCUAUUACCCAAACUAAGCUGCAAAAAAGAAGUAGACGAGGCUAUCAAGCGCGUGGCCGAGAAAGUCCUGGUGCUUCGCUUUGGCAGAGAUGAGGAUCUUGUCUGCUUACAGCUGGAUGAUAUUCUUGCAAAAACAGCUCAUGACUUAAGUAAAAUGGCUACAAUUUACUUGGUGGAUGUAAACAAGGUGCCAGUAUACACCCAGUACUUUGACAUCAGUUAUAUUCCAUCGACAGUCUUCUUCUUCAAUGGGCAGCAUAUGAAAGUGGAUUACGGAUCUCCAGAUCAUACUAAAUUCAUUGGCAGUUUCAAAACAAAACAAGACUUCAUAGAUCUGAUUGAAGUAAUUUACCGUGGAGCAAUGCGUGGAAAACUCAUUGUCCAAAGUCCAAUUGAUCCUAAGAAUAUUCCUAAAUAUGACCUCUUAUACCAGGACAUUUAAUGACCCAAUGGAGAUGAACAGAUCUUGGAAUGUGAAGAUCACAAGACUGA